UCACUAUUUUGAAAGUUCAAAAAAACUUGACUCUCUCUCUUCACUCACUCUCUUCCCUGUCUUCGACGGUCCUAACGGACCCCCCACAUUCCCACUCUUUAUUGCCCCCGCCGUUGUCACGCUCUCCGUUUUAACUAUCCCCAGCUAACAGAUUUUCUCUUUUCUUUUAAAAGAAAACUUUCUUCAAAAUUUCCUUCUUCUUUUGUUCAAGAUCUGGAUUUUCAGUUCCGUUUCCAUUUUCUUGCUCAUGAGUUGUUUGGAUCCUUCUUCUCUCUUCCUGGCUUGCUUUUUUUAACGGAUUUGCCAUCUAGAUUUCUCCCGCAUUACCUCUCCUUUUUCUUAAGCAAAAUUUUUCUCUGUUGAUUGUAAAAGGAAGAGAAGAGUUUGUUGUUUUGUUAGUUAAAUGAGUGAGAAUGGAGACGUUUUGGCAACGGAGGCCUGAGGUUGCUGAUCGGAGCUGCACUGAGUUACUUCCUUCAACUGCCCCUGCUUCCCUCCGAGGAAACAGGCAGCUUCAACAACAGAGAAAGUUUUCAAAAUUGGCAUCUGAUUCUAGUUCCUGCGGUACUGAUUCUACAGACGAAGAUCAGUUAACAUUUGAGUUGAGUUGGAGAUCUUCAAAACAAUCAACCGGGACCCCAAUGAAGAAGUUGUUAGCGCAAGAGAUGUCCAAAGAAAAUGAAUCUAGAAGACGACAACCAAGUGUUAUUGCAAGGUUGAUGGGGCUUGAUGGGCUGCCACCUCAGCAGCCUGGGCACAAGCAGCAGAAAAGAACUGAGAGUAAAGAGAAAGUUCAAAAGGGUGGCUCAUUUUAUAGUCGACGAUCUUCUAGGAAAAGCUCAAAGGAGGAGCAGGAAUUUAAAGAUGUUUUUGAAGUUUUAGAUGCAUCUAAAGUGGAGACUGGUAGUUACUCUUCUCAGGGGACUGCAAAUUCAAAGCUUUCUGAUGCUGAGGUGGCCUUUGUUCAGCAGAAGUUUAUGGAGGCUAAACGUCUUUCAACGGAUGAAAAGCUUCAGGAUUCUGAGGAAUUCAAUGAUGCCCUUGAGGUGUUAGACUCCAACACUGAUCUUCUGCUGAAAUUCCUUCAGCAACCGGAUUCAUUAUUCACAAAGCAUUUGCAUGAUCUGCAAGGUGCGCAUGAUCUGCAAGGUGCUCAACCCCAAUCCCGCUGUGGUCGUAUAUCAGCUAUGAAGUCCUCACACACUCUGACCAAUGAAAAUGGUCACUUAGGCCGAAGAGCAGGGAGAGAAACUCAAUGUAAACACUGCAGCAAAUCUCCUCAGGGGCAUCGAGAAGAUCUUUUGAGCCACUCUUGUGGGAGAUAUGCUGCUCACAAUCUCCUCAAGUCACCUAAGGUUCAAUUAGAGGAGAAACAGGAGCCAGCUGUUGCGCCCACAAGAAUUGUUGUCUUGAAACCAAAUCUUGGGAAGUCACUGAACUCUAUGAGAACUGCUUCAUCACCUUGUUCUUCUCAUCAUUUUCCAUCCGAUUGCACAGGACAGUCAGAAAUUUUGGGUAUUGAAAAUAGGGAGGCAGAAAUAUGGGGCAAGAAAAAGGUUCACCAAGAUGUUGGGUUUUCAAGGCAUAACUCUAGAGAGUCUAGGGAAAUGGCCAAGGAGAUUACUAGGCGAAUGAAAAAUAGCUUUAGCAACGGUUCAAUGAAAUUUUCAACCUCCAGGUUUAGAGGAUAUGCAGGAGAUGAGAGUUCGUGUGAUGUAUCUGGAUCUGAAUCUGCAAAUGAUUCAGAUGUAACAACAGUGUCUUAUAGAGAUAAUAUUGGCAGGAAUAAGAAACAUAGGAGGUCAUCGUCCCGUUCUAGUGAAUCAUCAGUUAGUAGGGAGGCCAAGAAGAGACUAUCUGAGAGGUGGAAACUAACACACGGGUCUCAAGAGUUGCUUAUGGUUAGUAGGGGCAGCACACUGGGUGAGAUGCUUGCCAUCUCAGAUAGGGAAGUGAGGCCAGCAAAUUCUAGUGGCAUAGUUGGUGAGGAAGGAUGCAGUGAGUUUGGUAAUGAUGUUCGGCGAGCAGUAUGGAAAGAACCUUUAGGCAUUAGCAGUAGGGAUGGUUGGAAGAAUGAAUGUCUUGGUAAUCUUUCAAGAUCACGAUCUGUUCCUGCUUCUUCUACUGACUUUGGAAGUCCUAGAAUAAACACACGCCAUGAAAGUCUUCGCAGGGACAAGUAUGUGAUUCCAAAAGAGGGUUUCAAGUGGGACAGAAACAAGGCAGUAAAAGGCAAUUUCAGUCCGUGGGUAGCUCCAUUGCCUAGCAACCAAAGAUCCUGUACUAAGAAAUCUCAAUUUCUUAGUACUUGCAGUAGUAACAAUGAAAAUAGUGACACUUCACCAGAAUUUCAUAUCACGCCAUAUCAAGUAAAGCAAACUUUAGAAGGGCACGAUCAACCUGAACAGAGCCCUAUGGUCUCAGGGGCAUCUAGUACUUCUGUGGAUGCAAGUUCAGUUCUUGAAAAUGCAGUGGAUGUCAAUGAUCAGAAUAAGGUUGUGCUUUCUGAACCUUCUCAAAUGGAAUUAUCAGCUUCUGCUUCAAUGAAUGGUGAUUGUUCUACUGGUGACCUCGAUAAUUUGGAAUCCCAGGAAUCAUCAGAUGGACCAUCUAAGCAAGCCACAUUGCAUUGCCCUGUGUCAGAACUAGAAUCUCGAGCAAGCUCGAAGGAGGCAGAUCAACCCAGUCCAGUUUCAGUUAUAGAGGCUCCUUUUACAGAUGAUUUAUCAUCUGGUUCUGAAUGCUUUGAGAGUAUUAGUGCUGAUCUCCAUGGGCUUCGGAUGCAACUUCAACUAUUAAAACUAGAAUCUGAGGCAUAUGAAGAGGGAACUAUGCUUAUUUCAAGUGAUGAUGAUGUUGAUGAAGUAUCUGUUGGGUUUGCUGAGGACAAGGGGAUGCCAAGGGCUGAAGAGAAUUGGGAGUCUGAAUACAUAGUUGAUGUCUUGGUCAAUUCUGGAAUUAAUGGAGCCGACCUGGAUACAUUCUUAGCAACAUGGCAUUCUCCAGAAUGUCCGGUGAAUCCGUCUGUAUUUGAAGAACUCGAGAAAAAAUACUGUAAUCUAAAUUCUUGGUCACGGGCUGAAAGGAGGUUGAUGUUCGAUAGGAUUAAUUCAAAGCUACUGGAGACCUAUCAGCAAUUUAUUGACCAACACCCAUGGGUGAAAUCUGCAAGAAAAAUCAUUCCGAAGUGGAACAUAGGAGAGCUCGAAGAUAGCCUGCGCAAGUCUCUGGUAAGCCAAAACAAAAAACUGCACAUGGAUGCCGAGGAGAUGGUGCUUGCAGGGGAAUCUCAAUGGUUAUACUUGAGGGAGGAUAUUGAUGUAAUAGGUGGGGAAAUGGAACGACUGUUGGUAGAUGAACUAGUAGCUGAGGUAAGUGGCAGGGGGUAGCCAGAUGCUUUUGGUUUAGAAAGUUCACCAUAUACAAAUGACUGUAUAAAUAAGUUCUAAAUCUUUACACCGGCAAGAAUCUAUCAAAAUGCAGAGUAUCAAACAUUAGCCCAACCAUUUUCCACCAUUUCUGUCGAGAUGUAUAAAGAUCUGAAUUUGAGAAUCUA